AUGUCGGCCGGCCGCCCCGGCAUCGUGUCCAUCAUGCGCCGCCUCAGCCGGGUGUCCCGCGUGCCGGAGCUGCUGAGGAGCGGCGUGCUGACCAUCCACCUGGAGAAGGCCGAGGGGCUGUCGACCAUGGGCCAGGCUGGAUUCACCAAAAAAUACAAGGUCAAGGUCAGCGUGGGCAGCAUCUCCCGGGUGACCGAGCGCGGCAAGGUUACCUUCCAGCACAGGCGCAACCCAGUGUUUGAUGAGAGGCUAGAGCUGCUUGUGGAUGGCGACACGGCGGCGGCAGAGGGCUCGCAGAUAGAGCUGGAGGUGUGGGCCGCCCACUUCCUGCGUGCCGACAGCUUCAAGGGCAGCGCCGUGGUGCCGCUGCGGGACGUCCAGCGACGGCGGCGCAUGCGGGGCAGCUGGCCGCUGCAGCACGCGCGCAGCGGAUCCUUGCUCAUGGAGCUCUCCUGGGUGGCGGCACCGGGCAUGUAUUGA